UUAAAGAACGAUAAGGGUACUGUAGGUAAAUCAGAGUAGAGAGCACGGGAACUCGUAAACAAUGACAAAAGGUCUCCAGAAUCAACGCCAGGAAACAGCUCCCAUGCUUCUACGGCAUAGUUUACUCCGCCCUAGAGAGGAGUAGAUGCAUGGUUCUUUUUACAUGACAAGCAACCACAAACAAGUUCUUGCAUGACAUAUAAACCUUUGAUAUCAGGACAAACACACCUAUUUUCUUCUUCUUCUUCUUCUUCUUCACUUAGCCUCAGAGAGAGAGAGAGAGAAGAAGAUGGCUAUGGGAGGAUCACACAAAGGAAACAGCGGUGGCAACAGAGGGAAGCCAUACGGGAUGAUGCUGCUUUUGGCAUUUGGAGCUGCGUUACUUGGAGUCAUGGUGAUCCACAAGCUUAGAGAGAGACGCAUCUUCAACCUCCUUGUCAAAGAGAAGGACCGUGAACUCCUUUCGCUUCAGCUUCUCUUACAGAAGGAAAGAGAGUACAACAAAGAAAUGAAAAGGAAGACUGAAGAGAUGAAAGCGAAGAUAUACUCUCUCAGAACCCAAAAGAUGGAGACUAACGGAAGAAUUGUGGAGAUGCAGUCCACAAUUGAUUCCCUAAAGGAUGAACAGAAAAUCAUGGAGUCUGCACUCAAGGAGAAGCAGCAGGAGAUCAAAAUGCAUAGAGAAACAAACAUAGAUACAGAGAACGAAAAUCCUCAAAUGAUAGCUCUGAUGGAAAGUCUGAAGCAAAAGGAAACUGAAAUUGAGGAUUUAAAGCACCGUUUUGAAAAUCCAAUUAAGAUAUUGUCAGUAAGUACAGAUGACCCAUCAAACCCACAAACAAAUUUAAAUGUCACCGCAAAUUUGGCACAUAAGACACAGAUCAGCGACAGUAAAGCAGCGGGUGGACAAUUGCAUGAAUCUACAAAUUACAGUAAUGGUGCGAAUUCAAUAAGAGGCGAUAGAAGUGACAAUACAUCCACCACUCUAGUAAAGGGUGAGAAUACUGCCAGGCUUGAAAAUAGAAUUGAAAACGAGGCAGCCAUUCUUGAUAGGAGGGAAGUGUCCAUUGAAGAACAGUCGAGGAAGCUGGAAAGUUCAGUUGAAGGUCUAAGAAACGAAGGCGCAGUUGAUACUAGUCAUGGAAAAAAGAAGGGAAGUUCUCCAGACAAUGGUGCUUUUGGUGCAGGACAGGAAAAUAAUAUUUCAAAUGCAUCUGAAUUUGUCAGCUCAAUUGGGAAAGUGUCACAAAACGAAGAUGCUAACAGUGACAUGAAAUCAGCGGAUGACAAAGAGCAUAAAGUGGCCAGAGAUGAUAAGCAGCUGGGACUCGAAAGUACUCAACAAGAAGAGGGCCGGGAUCAAGGGACCUUUAAGGGUGAGGUGAAGUUGGAAUUGCUAGACAACAUUAGAAGUUCCACCUCUAGGGUGAAGGGCAAACAUGCAAAAGGAAAGCGAUGGAGAAUACUUGCUAGGAACAGGUGGUUGGAGAACAGAAGAAAUUAUGAAGACAAUGGAGGUCAGCGCCUGAAAACAAGAAAAUUUUCUCAUCAUGAUCAGAACGGACUGCUAGACAGAGAAGAGGCAACAGCUUCUAAUGAGGGAAGAACAGACACCGAGACAGUAAAGAGCAGAAAUAACCCACUGGAAGUGACAAGAGCAGAUGAUUUUUCUAAAGCCAAAUUGCUGGAACCUCAAAACCCUGAAGUCUCUGAAGACCAGAAAGUCAAACCUGCAAUAGAUGAUACAAAUUACCAUUUAAAGAGAGUGCAUGAGAUGCGGAAAAGGCCCCAUAUAUCUCAGGAUGGGCAGCUGUUGACAAAUGAAAGCUUUCACGGUAAUGCCAAUGACAUCAGCAGCAAAGACAAGAAAGAGAGCUUGGAUGAAGUCCGACAAAAUGAAGGCCAAGAAAUUAGUGGCAUUGAAGAAAACAGAAACAACAGGAAUAUGAACGUAGAAAACAGUGCUGAUGCUGAACAAGUUAAUGCUGCCAGCAAUCAGGAAAGACCAGGAGAGAUAGCGGCUCAAGAGAUAGACCGUCAGCCAGAUGCAGUCACUGGAGACUCAUUCAGGGAAUCGUUCUCUGAUUUGGAAGAAGAUAAAGUAGAGUACAAGGGGGAAACAGACGAGUCUGAGUUCUAGCUAAUUAUAAAAAGUUUUAUGCUAUUUUACUUGCUAGUAAAUACUUACAUACGGACUAGAGCAGUUAGAAAUUGCUCUUGCUCUUAUGACUUGAAAAAAACAAUGGAUUAUCUUUUCGACUA